UUGCCAGGGGCGGGGCCCGACCUCCUCCAUCCCUCUCCAGCCCGGCGGCAGCGGCUCGGGGUCUGGACUCUGAUGCCACCGGCUGGGCGAGUAUGGAGGCGGCGCGCUGCGCACCGGGACCCCGCGGGGACAGUGCCUUCGAAGAUGAGACCCUGAGGCUUCGACAGCUCAAGCUGGACAAUCAGAGGGCGCUGCUGGAGAAGAAGCAGAGAAAGAAGCGCCUUGAGCCACUCAUGGUACAACCAAACCCAGAAGCCAGGCUGCGAAGGUUAAAGCCAAGAGGUAGUGAGGAGCACACACCUUUGGUGGACCCUCAGACACCUCGCAGUGACGUCAUCCUUCAUGGCAUCGAUGGUCCAGCUGCUUUCCUUAAGCCGGAGGCUCAGGAUUUGGAAAGCAAGCCUCAUGUUCUCUCAGUGGGCUCCCCUGCUCCAGAAGAAGUCACCGAAGGAAAUGGAGAUGAGGAAAGCCCUGUGGAGACUUCCCCCAAGCCAGACCUUCAAGAGAUUCUCCAAAAGCACGGCAUCUUGAGUAGUGUGAACUAUGAUGAGGAGACUGACGAGGAGGAAGACCGAGGGGAGGGCCUCAGCUCCCCGCCAACUCACCCAGAUACAGGGAGCUCUGCGGCAGUCCAGAAAGCAGCCUCGGAGACAGGAGCUUCCGGUGUGACAUCCGAACAGAGUGAGGCCCAGCUUGGAGAAGUGGAUAAUUUGGAGGAGUUCGCGUAUAGUCCUGCCCCUCGAGGUGUUACAGUGAAGUGCAGAGUGACCAGGGAUAAGAAAGGCAUGGACCGUGGCUUCUUUCCCACCUACUAUAUGCACCUGGAAAAGGAGGAGAAUCGCAAGAUAUUUCUUCUUGCUGGGAGGAAGCGAAAAAAGAGCAAAACCUCCAACUACCUGGUCUCCACAGACCCAACGGAUCUGUCUCGAGAAGGAGAAAGUUACGUCGGCAAACUCAGAUCCAAUCUCAUGGGGACCAAGUUCACAGUGUAUGACCAUGGUGUCAACCCGGUCAAGGCCCAGGGCCUGGUGGAGAAGGCCCACACCCGGCAGGAGCUGGCCGCCAUCUGCUAUGAAACAAAUGUACUUGGUUUUAAAGGUCCUAGAAAAAUGUCUGUGAUCAUUCCAGGGAUGAAUAUGAAUCACGAACGCAUCCCCUUUCGACCACGAAAUGAACACGAGAGCCUGCUCUCCAAAUGGCAGAACAAGUCCAUGGAGAACCUGAUCGAACUGCACAACAAGGCCCCGGUGUGGAACGAGGACACGCAGUCCUACGUCCUCAACUUCCACGGCAGGGUCACCCAGGCGUCUGUGAAGAACUUCCAGAUCAUCCACGGGAACGACCCUGACUACAUAGUCAUGCAGUUUGGACGUGUGGCUGAUGACGUGUUCACGCUCGACUACAACUACCCACUGUGCGCCCUUCAGGCCUUCGCCAUCGGGCUGUCCAGCUUUGACAGCAAGCUGGCCUGUGAAUGAGCGGCGGCAAACAGGGGACUUCCUCACCACAGAGCCUUCAGGAGCAGGGAGCCGCUUGCCCCCCAGCCUCCCCCAGCGCAAGAGCAGCAGCGUUUCUGCCCCCUUGGGGAAUGAUGGGGUGUGCGCGUGAGUGUGCGUGUGGGCGUUUAUACACGCGUGCACACACACCCCCGUUCAUGACUUCCCUGGACCUCAGAGACCGGCUCGUAGAUCGCAGCCUCGCCUGGGUGAGAGGUGGGAGGUGGACAGCCGGGCACGAUGGUGACUGCUGACUGCACCACCGAGUCUGCGCGGCGAGUGUAGCUCUCCUGUGCUGGAGCGCUUCCUGCAGAAUCAGGUCCUAAUGAUGAAACACUCAGGCCUCCUUUUCUGAGGGCCCUUUCACAGGGGCGGGUCCCUGGGAUGCCUCUGGCCUCUAAGACGGAGCCUGCAGAUUUUCCCAGCCAGUGGUCUGAUAGGCUCUCUUGCACUGACUCCAGUCAGCUUCUUUAGCACAAAAAAACAGCCAUAAUUAGUUGGUGCCCAAAGAGUAAAGCUGUGUCCCAAUAAAACUUUAUUUACAAAGUAGGCAUUGGCCUAGUGUGGCCUGUUCCUCUGGUUUUUGGGCCUGCCUCCGUGCGCCCCUGUGCUCCAGGGCUGGAGCAUCUUCCAAAACAUGAGUGGAGAGGAGCGCGGUUUGCUUCUCAGGAGCAGCAGACUGACUCUUGCUUUUUUAUCUUUUGGGUUUUCGUUUUGUUUCAAGACAGGGUUUCUUUCUGUGUCUCUGCCUGUCCUGGAAUGUAGACCAGGCAGAGUGAGACCUCAAACUCAGAGAUCCACCUGCCUCUGUCUCCCCAGUGCUGGGAUUAAAGGCAACAGAGUGACUCUUCAGAAGAUCUCAUGCUGAAUCCACUCUUGGUAGCUUUUGCCUCACGGGGAUGAUGGCCGUAGAGUAUCAUCUCCCGUCAGGGCUGGUAUAUUUUCUUUUUCUGGGUACUAGCUUGUUCCUGGGGCCUGAAAGUCUCUGAUGUCCCAGCCUCCCUCUUCCCUGUCCUCAGAGCAGGUGGCAUCCCUGAAAGCCUUCUCUCCAGCAUCUUAGUCUAGUGUCAUGCUAGAGCAGCAGGAGCUUCUCGGUAAGACACUCACUGACUCUCCGAAAGCCAACCUGCCAGUCUGGUUUGUCCCCUGGCCUUGAAGGCUGGCCCACAUCCGUGCAGACACUGCCCUGUGCACCGAGGCCUUGAGAUCAUGAACCCUCCCCCAGCAAAUCAUGACCAAUUCCUCAGGCUCGCCACUCCGUGAUGUACCUGAACUUGAGGAUUCCAAAACCUUGGCUCUGUGCUCAGUGGUCAUCCACACCCAAGCUGCCCUUCCCAGCAUGGGCGAAGGGUUGCUGGCCACUGCUCCACGGUUUUGCCCAGGUGGAGGAGGUCCCUCCCCGCCCACCCCACCCCCGCUCGGCAUCAGGAGACUGCGUGGUGGCAGGAGAGCUGGGAGGAGGACACCUGUGCUCACCUACCGUCCUGCCUGUCCCUUCAGACGCCACCGGUUUCUGCCUCAGGCAUGUUUUCCAUUAAGUGCCUUGUCUACAGACUGCUCCGAAGCCUGACACACCUCUGGCACCCACUGUCCCCGACAAGCUACCGACGUUGAGCAGAAAGCUCUUCAUCUGUCUUCACUUGAAGGGUGUGGGGGCCACAAGCCACCGGGUCUCACGUUUCUGUCCGGCUUAGAGAGCUGUGGAAUCUGCUUGGGUGUGCAGGUGAUGGCCUUUACAUAAGUCAUAUUUAUACCUUUUGUAUACCCUAUAAAUAAAGAUAAUUUAUAUAAAAA